GAAUGUGGACACUGUGCGGAACGAAUUGCCUCAUAGAAAAGGUUUCAUGCUCAUCGGAUACUUUACUAUCCGAGGAAAGAGUUCGACGACCACAGAAAACUUAAAUAGCCAUGCCUUCAUCGCCAGUUGACCAUGCGUGUGAAUCGAAUGUGCACUUGGUUAUUCGGUCAAAUUUUUCUCCUGUCCCGAUGCCAUUUGAAAUCUGUCGAUGUAUGGAAGGAGAGAAGACAGGCAGGGACAUUCAUGGCCUCUUGCUAGCUAGACCUUGGGUGCGCGCGGAGCUGGGAUAUGCUGCGAAGUGCAAGUUUGCUGACAGCUCCGUUCUUGUGCACUUCGAGAAGCAUGUAGGAGAUAUCGCAAAUGUCAGUGCCGACUGAUUGCGGAAUUCCGACUAUUUAAUGGCCCAGUGAACUGAGGUGAAUUGCUCUUCUGCAUGCCUUAUUCGUUCACUUCCCCUUCCUUGUGCCAUUCAUCCUCCUCACGGGAAUGUCACCUACUCAGCUGUAGAUUCUCUGGGAAAGCUAUGCGUUUUUUAGGAAAUAUGUCUUCAUCUAGUCAUUACAUUCUUGGUCUUCUUGUGCCCUUGUACUCUUCUUGUCCUUCCCCAGGCUUGGACUCGACGUUCCAAACUUUUAGCAUGUGUCAUAUAUCUACUAAUGGGGUCCUUUGAAGGUGUUUCUCUGAGCUACAAAAUCUGGAGUUGCUUUCCGUUCUCCGGCAGGAUUCCUAAGAAUUAUAGUCUUCUGAAUAAUCUCAUGGUGCUCGAGCUCAGCUACUAUCAUCUGGAGCGAGCAAUUUCAUCUUAGUUCUACAAGUGGCGUACAAUGAAUACGUGGAAAAUCUCAGAAAAUGCACUUGCUGGGCCUCCUCCAGCAACUCAGGGCAAGCUGUCCACUUUCUAAACAAUGGACUUAUCUAGUAACCUCAUUUUCAAUCAGAUCCUGCUCAACAACCAGCGGUGGCUCAUAUAUCUGGUCC